AUGGCACCAUAUGAGUACAUUUCCAGUCUCAAUGCACUUUCUGCCUGCUUUCAAGACUAUCUUCUUUUACUCGAGCGUGGCUGGGCCAAUAUCAACCCCAUCGCUUCAAGUAUCAAGGAGAUGGGUCCUGGUGUGCGGCGAGACACCCUUGAUGACUACUUUGGAGACUCAAAUUGA